AAUUAAGAGCCAUCACGUGCUUUCGCUCCUCGUCGCGUCUCGUCUGCCAUCUACCUCGUGCAACGAUGAGCGGAAUGCAAAUACGACCAGCCAUCUCCUGGAAUAAUCGACGCGUCUUUGCGAGCCCUCCGCAAGACAUCCAGCACAGCGAUGUCAUCCAAAAGCGACCCUCUCCCGCCAUCCGCGGGGACAAAGCGGCCAGCAUCCGAGAGCCAGCGCGCCAUCUCCCCCCCGCCGCUCAAGCGCAAAGCUCAGCCGUCUAUCUCAAAGGGCGCCGUUGCCGACUUCUUCACCCCCACGUCCCAGAAGGCCAAGGAGCGAACGACGUGGACCGAGAGGAGCCCGGAUGACGACUCGCCCGCCACGUUGCUUGUCGCGAAAUAUGCCCCGGAAGGCGUCGGCUCCGGCCCUCCCGAGACAGCAAGGAAACGGUCCAAGAUUGCUGCGUUCGAUCUGGACUCGACCCUGAUCACAACAGCAUCAGGCAAGCGCCACGCAGACGAUCCGGCUGACUGGAAGUGGUGGCAUCACUGUGUUCCAGGGCGCCUGCAGCAGCUGUACAAUGAGGAGGGGUAUCAAGUGGUCAUCUUUACGAACCAAGGUGGUCUGGUGCUCCACCCGGAUCCCAAGGCGAAGGCGCCCAAGAACUCCAAGAAUCGGGUUCCUGCGUUCAAGCAGAAAUGCAACGCCGUGCUGAGCCAACUGGGUAUCCCGAUCACGCUGUACGCCGCAACGGGGCAAGACAUCUACCGCAAGCCGCGACCAGGCAUGUGGACGGAGAUGAAGGAUGAUUACGACCUUGCCGAGUCGGACAUCGACCAUGAGAAUAGCGUGUUCGUUGGCGACGCGGGCGGCCGGAUUGCCGAGCUGAAAGCCGGCAACACCGCUCCAAAGGACUUCAGCUGCUCAGACCGAAACUUUGCCCACAACAUUGGCAUCAAGUUCCAAACUCCGGAGGAAUUCUUUCUGGGAGAGCAACCGCGCGAAUUUGCGAGAGAUUUCGACCUGGCCAAUUUCCCCUUUGUCGAGCAGGACGGUGAAGACAGCGCCGGCCUUACGAAGGCAAACGACAAGGAUAUUGUCCUGUUCGUCGGUCCGCCCGGAGCUGGCAAGAGCACGUUUUACUGGAAAUACUUGAAGCCUUUGGGUUAUGAGAGGGUCAACCAGGACAUCUUGAAGAGCAAGGAUAAAUGUUUCAAGGCGGCGGCGGACUUGCUCCAUGCGGGGGACUCGGUUGUUGUCGACAAUACCAAUGCCGACACCGAGACCCGGUCCCAGUGGGUCGCUCUCGCGCACAAACACAAGGUGCCUAUUCGAUGUCUCUGGUUCAAGACGCCGCUUCAGCUGUGCGAGCACAACGCCGCAGUGCGAUCUAUGAACAAGCAGCUGAACCCGGAAAGCCGACAAGGGCUGCCCAAGCUCGCCUUCACCGGCUUUGCGUCGAGGUUUAAGGAGCCCAGGAUUGAGGAAGGUUUCCAGGAUAUCGUCCCCGUGGAGUUCAAGUUUAGGGGGACCAAGGAGGAGUACGACAUCUGGGGGCGAUACUGGCUCUAGGCUGACUUAGCUCGUGCCAUUGGCCAAA